GUCUAGGAUAUUUAGUUUUGCGUAAAUAAUAAAGAGACAUAAUUUUAAAAGGCUUGAAAAAUGCUGUAUGUGUGUACAUGGGACUAUAAAAGUGCAACAUAACAAUCAAAUGCCAACAUAGAUGAUUAACAUUUUAGAUACUUGUCAGUGAGACUCCCCACCAAAUAUACUGUUGUGCAUAGAAUAUUUAGGAUCAACUCCGGUGUUGGAUUUUUUUUUCAUUUAUAGGACGAGAGAAUUUUUUAUAGUUGUGACUCUUUAUAUUCAUUUUCUCCCUAUUUUACACUCUAAUUGAUGAUUUCUCCAUGUUUUUCAAGCUGUAAUUUUAAUAGAAAGUGUAUUUUUAAUAGUAUCAAAAUAAAUUUCUUUCUUUUGUGAAGAUUGGCAACACAGUAAAGAAUUAAAGCGUUGUACAGAUAUAAAUGUUUUGCGUAGUGUUAUCUUUUGUUAUUAACACAAGAAAAUGCUUUGACGUGCAGUUUACAUUUUAGAAAAAGGAAAAAUGGUCAAGUUAAACGCAACACUCUUAAAAUACAUGUCACGUGAGGAUUUUCGUGUUCUGACUGCAGUUGAGAUGGGCAUGAAGAAUCAUGAGGUUGUUCCACCAUCCUUAAUUUCUCAAAUUGCUAGUUUAAAACAUGGAGGUUGUCACAAAAUACUUAGGGAACUAGUGAAGAACAAGUUAUUAGCGUACGCCAACAAUAGACAAGGUUGUGGAUAUCAUUUAACAUACGCUGGUUAUGAUUACUUGGCAUUAAAAACUUUAGUUGCUAGAGAUGUUGUGUACUCUGUUGGUAAUCAAAUAGGUGUUGGAAAAGAAUCAGACAUCUACAUUGUUGCAGAUGAAGAAAGCACUCAAUAUGCCAUGAAACUCCACAGACUUGGACGCACGUCAUUUCGAAAAGUUAAAGAGAAGCGUGAUUAUCAUAAAAAUCGAAGCAAUUCUUCGUGGUUGUAUUUGUCGAGGAUAGCUGCAGCUAAAGAAUUCGCGUUUAUGAAAGUUUUGUAUGAAAAUAACUAUCCUGUACCUAGACCUGUAGAUUUUAAUAGACAUUGUUUAAUAAUGGAGUUGGUUGAUGCUUUUCCACUGUAUCAAGUAAACAACUUAAAAAGCCCUGGUCACACAUACAGUGAAUGUAUGGAACUUAUCCUCGGAUUAGCUGCUCAUGGUUUUGUACACUGUGAUUUCAACGAAUUCAAUUUGUUGAUUACAGAAAAAAACAAAGUUAUCGUAAUUGACUUUCCACAAAUGGUAUCAACAUCGCACGAGAAUGCUCAAAUGUAUUUUGACAGAGAUGUGCAGUGCAUACGAGAAUUCUUUAAAAAGCGCUUUGGUUUUGAAGGCGACCGCUAUCCACAGUUUUAUGACAUUAGGAGUGUGGAUGAUUUAGAUACGCAAGUUUGUGCAAGCGGAUUUUCUACGAAACAUGAUGAAGACAAAGAAUAUGAACAUGUUAUAUCUCAAAUGCGACAGCACCAUAUUGAUAAUACCUCUGAUAGUGAUGAUGAUGAUGAUGAUGAUGAAGAGGACAAUAAUGACGACGACACGGAAGACGAAGAAGAUAAGUGGAACGAGAAGGAGGUGGACGAUGAGGAACAAGGGAGCCAAAAAGAUUCUGUUAUUGUUUUAGAUGGGGAAACUUCAACUGAUUCAGAGCUUGAAAACUUGCAUGAGAUGAAUAAGAACUAUAAACCACACAGAGAUUGUAAAACAAAAUCACAUUUAACUGUUACGAAACCUAAAUACAGCCAGAGCGACAUCAAAGAACGUGUUAAAAAAUCUUUAUCAAAAACGCAAAAAACUAACCGUCGUAGAAAGGUGAAAAAGGGUGAAGCAAACGUGACUACCAAACAAAAGGCUGAAAAUCGAAGUAUUAUAAAGGAUUCUUUGUGAAUGAAAUUUUGUGUUUUCGCAAAUAUAAUAAUUUUACACAACUACAAA